AGCGUAAAGCAGACGCCAUCAAGUUGACCAACCCGGACAACAUCACAACCGGCAUGCCGAAUGUCCGCCAAUCUUGCAUCCCACCCGAAAUACGCGAACGACUCUGCACGCCUGCUCAACAAAUGCUCAAUCCAUUCGACAGCCUCACUCCACAUCCACACCUCUUCAACACUCCUCUCCACCGCUGGCGUCCUGCAACGCCGAUGCCCGGUACCAAUCUGUCGCUCGAAGUGGACGGCAAUAAUGGUGAGAAAUCCGCAGUCUUUGAGCGCAGCGUGAGAGUCCUGAGUCUUCUCCGAAGCAAAGGCUUGUCAAGCAUAUGCGGUCGAUCGAUGCUUUGGCAGGUGCUUCUGCGGCACCGCUGCGGCCGAUUUUUGGACGUGCGAUGGACUCGACUGAUUGUAUUGCGGAGGCUGCUUCUGUCGCUCAUGGUAUCGAUGAGGCUGAAGCGUCAACACAUCUGAUGGUUGCAACUGGCUUUAAUGCCGACGCUGCCAUGCAGAAGGUGGACAACAUCGCAGCUCCCGCAUCGAAGACUGCCCGUGACUCUGGCAUUGGAGCCGAUCUCCAAAACCUCCCCGGUCAAGUCCGCUCACUCCACAUAAACAAUGCCACAGAGGCAGCGGUUAUCUCCAAUGUGCAUACCGGCAUCUCCACCCCCGCGGGUAUCCCACCACCCCACUGUGAUGCGUACUCUGGAAGCACGGUUCACAGCAUACCAGCCAACAUGCAACCGCUAUCACCGCAAUCCACCCCUACCUCUCGCCAAAGCGUCGACCACGGCGACAUACAGCGCUGGCAGAACGAUGGCUCAACUGACCCGACCGAUCACGAUCCGAGUCAAUGGCAGAAGAGCAAUGUCCACCCAUUCCAGGGCAGCAGAUUCAUCGAAUACCAAAUCAAGUACGUCGCAGCUAAGCAGAAGGCCGCCGAUGAGAGAGAAGCUGCGGUGGCGGCGGCAGCGAGCUCCGGACCACCUUCUCCGGGCAAAUUGACGAAGUUGCCGCUUCGUCCGCGGUAUGCGAAUGUGAGGUUCAAGACGGUGUUUGGGGACGAGGUGGCGCCUGGCGAUGUCAUUACGUCUGUAGAUGCGGAGACGCCUGGAGAUGCAAUUAAGCCUGAUACAGAGCAGUGCACGCCUAUCUUCCCGCACCAAGGGUGGGUGCACAACGCUGAUGACGGUUUCACGGCUACUCGACAUAUACAAUAUCUACGUCCGCUUAUUGGCGAUGGGGCCAUCGAUGAGCCUGAGCCAAGCCACGACGAUAGGACACCACAGCGCACCGUCGCGAGCGGCGCAGACUCGGUCAUGAUGGACUACGACGAGUUCAAAACGCAUCAUCUCUUCGGCAUCGACGACGAUGAAGAGAAAGACUCACCCGAAUACCAUUCCGCCAAUAACAGCCCCACCGGCAGUCCGAACGGCAUCGCACCCUUAGUCCCAACCCUCUGCCGCGCAGUCGCUCGCUCGCAGUCUUUAAGCUCCUCCAAUGCGCGUACGGGCGGCAGGAUUCGCAACACGGACGUUGGUGGGCUAUUCUACAAGUUCCGUGCCAGUGACUGGAUUGGACGGGGCUCGGAAGACAGCAUUACCGCGGAGUUCGCGGCAGUUCGUAAAGGCUCUCGCGUAGGUGACAGUAUUGAUGCUUCUGGAAAGGACGUUGUCGACGAAGACGGCGCACGCUCGCCCACUAGUCCGUCAUCGACCGAUCCAAACCGUACGCCGAGUAUGGGCAACAGGUUGGAGUGGGAGCUCAGGCGCUCGGAUCGAAAUGCGCGGUACAAUGCGCUCAACACAAACGCUGGUGGCUCGGAAGUAUCCGCGGAGUUGUUCCACCGCCCUUCAUCUUCAGAUUUCACGUUUCAAGCGCCCAUCCUCUGCGACGAUGGAGAGCUCCAGCUCGCGGAUUUCGAGAGCGCGUUUGCUGGGUCGCCAACAUCGGGCUCAUCAACGAAGCUGUCAACGAACCAACAACAGCAGGAGCAACGACAUACGCGCGAACACAGCCACGAAAGCGAGAACAACAGCGCACUUGCUCUUGAGCUUGCCUUGCGUCAGAACAAUCUCGCGCAGCAUCUCAUGGAACUCUACGCUCUGAACGAGGAGGAAGGGUUGAAUCUCGUCACUCCUGCGGAGAUAACGAAAACGGAACGCUUAGCUGAACGUUUGUCGAAAACUAGUUUCCAUCAUGAAGACUUUCCUACCCCAAUGAGGAACUCGUUCGUGGACGCGGACGAUGGCAUGCCGACGAGCUUGCCGUUGAAGCUGUGUGAGUGGGAGGCGCAGGAGUUGCAGGUCGCUACUAGCGGCAUGGUCGACAUGGGUACCAACGACGUCGCGAAGAAUGAUGCUGCAGACAGGGAGGGAUUAUCCUCCCCUUCCUCGACCGAGCUCGCUGAACGCAUGGAACGAUCGCCGACUGGCGGACUGGAAUCGACGGGUUUCUCGCCUACGCUUCGCUCGACGCCGGUGAGUAAUCGGUUUGCGGUGCUUGCUGAAAUGGUUUCUCCGUCGCCUUCCGAACAAGAACAGAUAAGUCCGACGAGUGUUACGGAAGGGGUGACGAUGGUCGGAGGGGUUGAGGACGAGACUGUCGAUACGUUGGUGAUGAGCACACCUGGUAGUGGGUAUGUUGCGGACAAGAGUUCGCAGAGUCCGGAGACGCCUGCUGUGAACGGUGAGACGAUGACUAGUCUUUGGUCCGGGUUUACUGUGAGGUAUAGGUGAGUGGGGGGCAUGGUUGAGGACGGGAGUGCGUUGCGUGCGGCUACGUUGGGUGUGUUGCUAGGGUGGAGCAUAUUCAUAUUACGAGUUACACAGGGACUGUU